AUGUUUAGUUACGAUCUUAAGUUUAUUACGUGUGAUGACACAGUAACAGUAAAAAAUAAUGACUUUAAAAGUUUUAAAUAUGAAUCGAAAAAGAAACUUGAAGAGUCAGUUUAUGAUUGUGCUAAACGGUUAUAUUGCGAGGGUCGUGGUGCAUACCAUCGUCCACCUAGAUUAAACCAUAUAAAACAAUUGGAAUCCAAAGUACGGGAUCAUGUAGUCGUAACUUGUGAGUGGAAUAGUGACUAUAUUAUUACGUUAGUGUUUUCAUCUGGAGUCUUAGCCUACCUUACCAUUAAACCUGACACACUUGAUGUAAUUCAAGUACUCUUUGAUAGAUAUUGUAUUGGAAAACUGAUGGGAAACAAUGUUACUAGUGCUGUUAUAUCUCCUUCACACAUCUUAUUUAUUCACCCAGAGAAAAUAGCAACAUUAAUUGUAUUAGGAAAGAAAAAUGAUAAUAAUGUGCCAUGUCGGAUAUCUGAUAGAGAUCCAUAUCUUCAAAGUCUAGAGCUGGGUGGAAUAAAUCGUAAAAUAGAGAGGAAUGUAUCUUGGUGUACAUAUAAUACUGGUAUAAGGAUACUGGUUUGGAGUAACAAUGUAGCUGAUCCUGCUCCAUGGAGUCCAUUACUAGAAGAUCAUGCUAACUUACAUCUUUACUACAUUGAAGGGCAGAAAGUGUCCCUGAUUGCGUUUCACCAAGUUGAGAGUGAGGUGUUGAUUGCUGAAUUGUCUCAGAAACAUUAUUUUGUACAUAUUGUUGAACAAUCUGCUUGUCCAAAGAGUGGCGUGAAUCUCCUAUGGCUAAGGUAUGAUGUACCAAAGACUGAUAGAAUGUCCCAACUGAAUUUACAAGACGUUACUCAAGUGUCCCUUUCGUCUCAUGUUCGAGUCGCGCGACGAUCGCCAUGCGAUUUGCGACUUUUAGUCGCAAGUAUCGACGGCUCUUUACACAUUAUUCAUCAUGUUUCGGGACUCACACAUUCUAUAAGAGCUGGAUUUAUAGCAACAGAUGUACGAUGGUCUGGCGAAUUAGUGAUAGCGAGUGAAGAAAAUGGCCGAUUGCAGUGUUUUGAUAGAGCUUUAACAGCUUUACAUCAUCAUACUAAAUGCCUCGAUCUGACCUCUUAUUUCCGGGAUACGCGACGGAUUCAAAUUCUUGGUUCGCGUAAAUUUAGAAGUGGACCUGUCAUAUUGACUACAUUUUCUGGUGGUCCACUUGCCCUGCUUCGCAUAUGUCAUCCACGAUUGUUAUCGGCAUGGCUUCGUAUGGGCCGUCCGUCUAAUGCAAUAGAACUACUUAGAACGUUUGACUGGGAAAAAGAAGGCGACGAAUGUUUAAAUGGUAUCAGUGAAAUUGUGGUCAAUUGUCUUAGAAGAAAUACCUUUGACCUUAAUGUUGAAAACGCUAUACAGGGUGCUCUGGGUGUGUAUUUGGCACCAGCCUCGCCUUUGCCAGCCUCGGCUAGUCGAUAUGCACCUCCUGUACACGAUUUGGCUAGGAAAUUCUUUCAUCACUUAUUGAGGCGUGGCCGUAUCGAAAAAGCGAUGAGUUUAGGCGUAGAGUUGGAAGCGUGGGAUCUGUUCGCGGAUGCGCAGUGGGCUGCUACGCGAGUGAGACAGCAUCAUUUAGCACAAGAGGCAGCUGCUUGUGUCACACACUACGCCCCGCUCACUCAUACAGAUUCCGAAUGUUCAGAUUCAUGCUCUCAAUGCUCUCACUCAUGCUCGGAUUCAGAAGAAAGUUCUCCCGGAGUAAGAAAAAACCCUCCACCAUUACCUCGCGUGUCCCUCCCAACUAUACCCAUCCCUAUCGCACCAAACGAACCACCUUCAACCAACAGUAUACGUCCCAAUUUACACCAAUACCUAGAAAGAGACAACACUAUAUGGACGACAAACGUCAAAGAUGACACAUUCAUAUCAAAUCGUAAACCAAACAUACGAUGGAACAGUGUAGAUAACGUUCUGAAUAAAAUAAGCGAAGGGAUUAUUAAACCGACUGAUAUGGUUCAAAGGACACAUUUUAGUCAUGCAAAUGCAUAUAGAUAUCACGGGAAUGCGAACUUUAAUGAGAGAUAUAGACCGGAUAAACCCACUUAUCCAAGUCGACCUCUGGAGAGGAAUAAAGUUAAAUUCUCGGAUACAGUUACCAUAGCUGUUAUGCCGGAACAACCUCAAUCGGAAGUAGCGCGGGAACUCGCAGAUAGUCUACCAUUGUGUCCUCCAAAUAAAUACCUCGCUGCAUUCGCGCCGAACACAUCGUUCGCGAACGAACGCAGAUCGCCGAUCGAUGGAGGAAAACCGCCCAAUCCACCAAAAAUCAAGGUGUAUAACUUUGGUAUGGUAUAA